GCAAGUCGUUGAUCCGGCCGGGUGGAUCUGAUCAGGAUUCAGCCAGGUCUACCAUGGCCCAUGGGCAUGGUCUACACAACGAGUCGACGGUCGGGCCGACUACCGGUAUACCGGCUACGUGGAGAUCGCCAUGCCAUGCCCUUGCCCGGGCCUUGUCUUUGAUACAAUCACGAUUCGUAUGAGAGCCUGAAUGAGGAGAGCUGCUCUAUCAGUAUCACCAGUCCACAUGGUCCAGUCGAUCGUCGAAGUCGAUGGGACCCCAUUCAGCGGAGCACACGCACCACAAUCAUCGGAUUUGGCGACCGUGUGAAGGGGUGUGUAUGGUUUAGAUUCUGAAGUAAGUGAUUGGUUGAGCUCCCAUUGUGACCAAGUGACUGAGUGCAGUGGGCGCUACGUGCUCCCUCCUACAUCAGUCCAUCGAUUAAAAAUCGCUCUUCAUUGCGCCGGGAACGCAUCUGAUCUAGGCCGAUUCGUUGCACGUGUUUCGGAAAGUUCGGAAGAGCAGACUGAUCCUUGUGGCGGAUCAGAACAUUUCGGAAUGGCCAACGCCGUGCGCAUCUUCACUCAGCACGACAAAAUGAGAGCUAGAGAGGCCGCGGGCUGUUUGUUUCGAGAAGACGAUAUCCUGUUCCCGAUGGCGGAGAACUUCUUUGACUACGGUGAUCGCGCAGUGGAGCUGUGCGCUAUCGUGAUGGAAACCGUGGACUAUCAGAGCCAGAUUGUGGAAGUGGCCGAGUUGAACAUUCCCAACAUCAGAAAGCAUUCGUAUGAUAAUCGAGUACUGGUUGUGCUAGUCGAAGACAAUCCAGCAGCCUGUGCAUGCUGUGCGUGCUGCCCGUGCAUGCAGGGCUGCUCGUGCUGCUGUGCCCUCUCUGUGCGCUUUCUCAGCGACAAGAAGAUCGCACAGCUGGACAAAAUGAGCUGCGUGACACUGGUGUCGGUUGUGUUGAAUGAGGGCGGCGCGUACUCGGCAUCGCUGAUGGCCAAGCAGGCAGCGAAUGCAGCCGCCGGUCACCCAUGCUGCUGUCGCAAGGGUUGCUGCACUAUCCUGUAGUGUAAUGCUGGCGCUUGCUACCACAUGCAUCGGUAGCUGGUACCGGAGCACAACACAAGUCUGUGAUGUGCGUGCGUGCCUCCAGAUGUGAUAUUGGGAGCUUGUGCCAGGUUAGUUGUGCCAGGUUAGUUGUGGAUGCAAGCUAUGUUACUAAUAUGCGUGCGCGUGAACGGCACAAGACACGUGCUAGACAGUGACAGAAAACCAAUCAUGACUGCUGUCUUCACCUGGUACACAGCAGGCCUACCGGAACCGGUCCGGUUGGCCGGGUUAACACCGGACCAGCUUUGUAGCUACCAACGCCAUGUUUAUUGCUGAGGAGGGCAUACAAGGUAUGUCCCUGGACAUACAGUGUAUGCCCCUGGCAUAUUCUACACAAAGUAUGGUACGACCGGACCAAUUCAGUGAAAACUGCUUCCAGCGGUCCUGCACAGGACACUGGCUAACCGCGCUCUGCUUGGGUGCUCUGAUGGACCUUGCAUGCUAGCUUGAAACACAGUGUUUGAGAUAAAAUUGACAACUAGUAUUUUAUAAAUCGUACUGCUUGAAUGUGCAGCAUGUGCAGUGAAUUGGAACACAGUAAGAUGACUAGCUAGCCUAGGUGCUGCACCACAAUCUUUCACGCACGAGCAAAUCACGACAUGGAUUCCUUGCGGCUGUGGAGUGAUACUGUGCGAGAAUCUAGCACAACAAGAUCAACAAGGUCAGACAGCUAGCUGUCCGAAAAUUGAGCAAAACGAGAUACAGUGUAUAUGUGAUAACACUACCUUUCUAAACAUACGAAUAAUUAUUGGUAAUUGACAAUCUUACUUUACUAUUUUCUCGUCGUUUGUCUCAUUGCUACUUGUUCACUGCUUCAUGCAACUUGAUUUUCAUUAUUAUUAGAAAAAAUGAUGUUUAUUUUGAAGUAUCUAUUUGCAGGCACCAGGUGCUCGUCACCUGUACUUAAUGGAGAACAAGUUCAGAAUGUAUCUCUA